AUGCUACCGUCGGAAGGUGAGGUGUGCCAGGCGGUCCUGAGCUUCGUCACCGAUGGCGCCUAUCCUGAGGAGAAUGUGGUCGCGGCCGAGUUCCCCGCAACCGCUCUUGCGAAGGAAUUGGAGCUCAUAUCCCAAGCCCGAGAGCAAGUAGAGAACGAGAUCAGCUCGCUGAGUCGCGAAAACACUACCUUCGAUGCCGACGAUUGGAUUGUCCAAGCCAAACAGCUGCACGCCGAUAUCGAGCGCUCACGAGUCACGGCACGGGAGAUAGUCGCCCAGCAUGAGCACACGAGCCCCCUCCGAUCCAAAGUAGAGGACGCAAGCGCCAAAGUGGGAUUGAUCGAGACGGAGAUUGCUUUCAACCAGGCUGUGGCAGAGACUCUGGAAGAGGUGCAGCGCUUGUACCAACAAUUGGAAAAUGGACGAGCUGCGCUUGCAAAUGGUCAGUUGACGGUCGCGAUCGAGAAGUUGGAGUCUACGAAAGCGGCGAUUAGGCAGGAUGCAUUCUUCACCAACACCAAUGUGAUGAGCAUUCUCACUCUCGAAGUGGCACGGUUUAGGGAGCAGAUUGAGGACACUCUGCGUCUACGCUGGCAGGAGCAGCUAAAGUUGGACCGACAACGCGGGGAAUUCCAAGUGGUUAAGGGCGAUGGCGCAGACUCUCUGGACAACACUAUUGCGUCAAUGUCCCGAUUGGAGAUUCUCGCUUCAGCCAGCGAGAAACUCCUGAAGGACCUCUGUGUCGCCGUUGUCGACCCAAUACUACGGCCACGGGCUGAUGGGAAAAGUCGCGCUGUCUCAAUCACGGACACCGGCAUCCGUGUUCAAUCGGAGUUCUCAGAAACAACUGUUGCCGAGACGCUGAGCCGCACCACAGAAGUUCUGGAUUAUCUGCGACAGAACCUGCCACAGUCUAUCUUAUCUGAGCUCCCUCAAUCGUUGAUCCCAUCUGUUGCGUCCAAGGCGAUCUCGGGGUGGCUGUCUUCUUCGAUCCCAACCACGCUCAAUGGAUUGGGGGAGUUUGAAGAGACUCUAGACAUUGUGAUGCAGUUCACCAAUACAGUUCAGUCUUGGGGUUGGACUGGGAUUGAGGAGCUUGUAUCCUGGGUUAACCAGGCACCUCGUCUGUGGUUGACUCGGCGUCGCGUCGACUCGCUCGACAGUGUGCGCAAGGUCCUUGCAGCUAGCCAGGGCACCACUAAGCAAGUUGAGCGAGUCGAAAAGGAGCAGGUCUCUCGGGCGGAUGAAGCCUUGCUGGAGACUGCCACGGACGAUUGGGAUGCUAAUUGGGAUGACGAGAAAGGGGAGGCAAGUACAGCAGGUCCAGCAAUGGCCGCCCAGCCUGAAGAAGAAGAGGAUGUCAGUGCGUGGGGUCUUGAUGAGGACGCCCAGGAAGAAGCCGAGCCCGAUGCGACUGGUGCUAGUGGAGACGACGAUGCGGAUGAUGACGCGUGGGGCUGGGGCGACGACGAUGGCGAGGAAGACCCGAGUGAUCGGAAUAAAUCCCUACAGACUGACACGGCCUCAAAGCCUGUCAAUGGUGCAGAGGCAGCACAGUCUUCUACUCCCAGAGAAAUGACUUUGAGGGAGGUUUAUACAGUCACCGAUAUCCCCGACUCGAUCCUUGAUAUUGUUCGCCAGCAGAUCAACGACUCAAAAGACAUCUCACAGCCACCGCAUUCGACCUCUCGAGUCGCUUCAUCAGGUGCUGGUCUACUGGCGCUACCCACGCUGAUUCUGGCCAUGUUCAAAGCUACUUCCUCCUCCUUCUACUCGCUGAAGCUCGGCUCGGGUCAAAUGUACCUGUACAAUGACAGCCUGUACCUUGCCGGCCAAAUUCGAGAGUUGAUUGAAGAACAUGAGCUGACCAGGCUCAGCUCUGAUGUGGAAGCUCUUGAGAAAUUUGGCAAAUUUGCUUACAGCAAGGAGAUGCAAACACAAAGCACGAUUGUCACCGAUCUUCUUGAUGGUGCACAAGGCUUUGGACAAUGCUCCGAGCAGCCAUUCAAGACAGAGUGCGAAAAUGCCGUGAGCGCGACUGCAGAUCGCAUUCGUGAUGUCUAUAAGGAGUGGCAGCCCAUCCUGUCACAUUCUGCUCUACUGCAGUCCAUUGGAUCCCUAUUGUCUACUGUGAUCAGCAAGAUCAUCAUCGAUGUGGUAGAUUUGGGUGACAUCUCCGAGGAUCAGUCUAAGCAGCUCGUUGCUUUCUGCAACCAUGUCUCCAAACUCGAGGAUCUCUUCAUACCCGAGACAACUGGUGAUGCCGAAGCCCUACCUGUUACUGCUGUUUACGUGCCAAAUUGGCUUCGUUUCCAGUACUUGAUCAACAUCCUCGAGAGUUCUCUUGCUGACAUCAAAUACCUUUGGCUGGAGGGCGAAUUGGGACUCGAAUUCUCCGUCGACGAGGUGGUGGAUUUGAUCGAGGCAUUGUUUGCAGAAUCUGGCCAUCGCCGUCAGGCCAUCUCAGAGAUUAAGCGUGCCCCUCGAGGGUGA